UUUUCGUCAACCGUUCGUGUUCGCGUGUCGUGGAUCUAGCAAUCUGUUCUCGUGGACCGUUUGAACCACUCGUUCGCCCGAAUUCCCGAGGAUCCUAAUCAGCCCAAAUACAACCCGAACGGACUUGUCUGGUCUCGCUCCAGUAACUAUAAACUUGGUAUACAAUUCUGCCAACUACUAUGUCUUCGCCUAGUGCCGGCAAGCGCCGUAUGGACACAGAUGUCAUAAAAUUGAUAGAAAGCAAACAUGAGGUUACUCUUUUAAACGGCUUGAAUGAGUUUUGUGUUAAACUCUAUGGACCACGUGGUACUCCAUACGAAGGUGGCUUAUGGAAAGUUCGAGUACAUCUUCCUGAACAUUAUCCAUUUAAAUCUCCUUCGAUUGGCUUUAUUAAUAAAAUUUACCAUCCAAACAUUGAUGAAGUAUCUGGUACUGUUUGUCUUGAUGUAAUCAACCAAGCUUGGACUGCUUUGUAUGAUCUGCUUAAUAUUUUUGAGUCAUUUCUGCCCCAGCUGCUUGCCUACCCAAAUCCAAUUGACCCAUUAAAUGGUGAUGCUGCAGCUUUGUAUUUGCAUAAACCUGAACAGUAUAAAAAGCGUGUUGAAGAAUAUGUUAAAAAAUAUGCUACUGAAGAAGCACUCAAAGAUGAUGGAAAUGCUGGUUCGGAUAGCGAUGAAUCCUCUAUGUCGGAGUUUAGUGAAAGUGAAGCACAAGACAUGGAGCUAUAGCCAUCAUUUUUCUAAAAUUAAUUAAUAAUUAUAAAUAUUAUUAUGUA